AUAGCUACUUAAAUGGUAGCAUUUAUAUCAUCUCUGUAGCAUUAGCAGCUAAUGCACAUGAACAAAAAUGAAGAUUAAAAAAAAGACAUAAAACGUGGUGAAUAUUUAUAACACCGUUGUUAAUUGCGUGGCAGGAAAGUAUAACGACACUUCAAAAGUGUGAUCAAUAGUAAGCUAGCGUUAGCUGCAUUUCAGCUCAGUUUGGCUAAUGUUGACGAGAGGUGAAUUUUAGAGCUUUAGAAACGACCGUUAACUCGCCCGUCUUCUGUCUGCGCCUUCAGCUGAUAUGGUUACCUCGUCAGUCACGACUCAACUUGGAGGACAUGCUUAAUGUUACUCCACUGGAAGGAGUUGGACAAACACAGGAGCCUAACGUUGACCAGCUGCUUACUAAGCUAAGGAGGUUUCAGCAAGAUAAAAGAAUACUGGAAGAGGAACUUGAGGAGGUCAAAUCAUUCAGUGACUCUCUGCGAAAAGAGUUGGCAAAUUUACAAACUGAGGCUUACCAACUUGAGGGCAUCCACAUGGAAAGAGAAGAGCUUUGCAGUAAGCUGCAGUUCCAGUUUGAAGAUUUGGAGCAGGAUUCUGCCAGGCAAUUAAACCAGAGCAAGAAAAGUCAGGAAAUGAUGGAACAGUACAGAUGUGAAAUCCAGGAAUUCAAGCUUAAACACCGGAAACAGAGAAUGAAGUUUGAACAGCAACUUCAUCAGCUGAUAGAGCAGCAUAAGAAUCUGCACUCCAUCUUUACUCCGGAAAGGCUCCCAAUUGAAAUCGAGACCGCUGAGAACAGAAAGCUUCAGCUGGUGUCCGCUGAACAGCUGAAGUUGGCUCAGCUGUACGAGCUCAAGGAGGAGCUUGAAGACGUCGGGAAACAGAAGCAGUCAGGAAAUGUGUGUCAGUCCUAUAUGCGUUUCCCUUUACCUCUACGUGAACACUGUAGACUGACAGGAAGAAGACUCAGGUACAAAUGGACUAAUUAACCCCAAGGUGAAUAUGAGCAACUGUAAGUGGGUGAAUCAAGAGCACAGCAGCACUAAACAGAGCCCAGCGGCAUCUGAUUCACCCUCCUCACCCGUGGGCCUGAGCAGAAUGAAGCAACAGAAGAAUAGCUCGACGUUAGAGGCAUGACAGACUUUCUCCUCCUCACCUGGCAGACUGGAAGGAUAUUCAAACAAACACCACUGCUUUGUUUGUUGUUAUAGAAACCACAGCAAGAAUCAAACUGUAGAAAAUGACACAUGAUGAUGGAGAUUCACCACCCCCCCCCCCGUUCCUCCUUUCGUUAUUAAACUGUUCCGUUGCCUACACACAGGGAUCAGCCUGCCCUGAAUGCACCGUAAACAAAGCCAGUUUGAAACACUAAACCACCACAGGCAGGCAGCUAUUACAGGCAGAUAAAUUCAAUAUUGAGAUGUGCUCGAAUGUUUGCUCACUCAGCGUGUAAACGAGUUCAUUCUCCGCAUUCCUGCAUGAAG